CCUUCUGCACCUAAUUCUACAUGCACGCUGAUUUGAAGCGAUAGAUCAGUCUUGGUUUUCCUCUACUUUGCUCAUUCACUGAUCUACUGCUGUCUACCUAAGAUGUGAUUCACCACUCACUCUCCAUUGCCGAAACAUAGCGCAUUUCUUUUUUCUGCUAUCAUGUAAUUACAGGACUUCAGUGGAAUCAACUUUUUAUUAUCGAAAUGAUAUUUGGAAAGGGGUGAAUAUUUCGCAGAGUAUAUUUCUUCUAUAUUGUGGAAACAGGUAUCUGCAGCAGAAGUGAAGUUUCCUCGUGGUGCUGCUGUCAUAUGGUAGGUUGGAACAAUACACAGCAGUGAUUUACAAUGAUAUUCCAUCAUAUAAAUAUCAUUUCCAGCCAUAUCUCUCACCACAAACAUCUGUGAACCUACAUUUUCAAAAAAGUCUUCUAUUUCCGCAUAAUCCUAAAGAAAAUUGAUAGUUGGAUUGAACUAUCCUUUGAACAUUGGAAUGAUGGUCAACUUGCUCUCAUGACCGUUUCCCUGCCAAUUUCGGGACUAUCAAUGUAUUUAUUUCUUCUAUUCUGACUGCAAAUGAAUGAUUAACGCUGCAAACAUGCCUUCAGACGCCGAUUUAGCUUGCAUCCCAUCCUUAAACGGGACCUCGGAUUUGAAUACCACGUCCAGCAGCUGUAUGAAGGACAUUGGUUCCGAGGCUGAUUACUCUGAUUACUAUCAGAUGAGUGAGACUGCGGACAUGGUGAUGAAGACCCUACCACGAAUCGUGAUGAUCUUAAUCGCUAUCACUGGUCUUACUGGUAACUCUAUUGUUCUCUACAUCAUCGUCAAGCAUCGUGAUAUGAGGACAGUGACCAACUACUUCGUAGCAAACCUAGCCAUCACAGAUAUCACCUUCCUGGUACUGUGUGUCAUACCUACGGUCAUCGCUAUCGGUGGAAUACACUGGCCACUCGGAGGAUUCAUGUGUCGCAUCAACUCAUAUUUUCAAUACGUUGCAGCGGACCAACCCAAGGUCCUGUCAACAUACCCUUCAUCUUAG